UCGCCGACAAGCGAGCGUUGUCAGUUUGGUUUCCGGGAGCGCAGGAACCGCGUGUCGCCGAUCCCGAGAGAAACGAACACGUUCUUCUCGUCGCGUGUGCGUCCACCGAUUGUUUCCUUACGCGAGUCGAUCGGGCCGACGGUUCGUCGGGAAGCUACGCGAGUUCGGUGCACAGGUGCCCGCGAGACGCAAAGGAGAUACCAAGUACGAGACAUCCGAAUUCGGAGUGGUCGAGUCGUUCCUCGGGAAUCAGUGCAGGUUUCGCGAGGUGCAAUCCGUGCAAAGUGAUCGACAGUGCGAUCGCCAGUGUCACGAGCAGCUUCUACCCCCUGGAUUACCGUGCUCGUUGAACGGCGUAUGGAUCGCGCGAUCCGUUCGACCGAUCUGCAGCGGAGAUCCUCGAGCGCCCCACCGCUCGACGGACAGCCGUCAGGGUUCCUCCGUCGAGGAACGAUCGCGCGGCAGAGGUGGUCGAUCGGCGGUCGGAGGAAUCGACGCUGAUCGACGGGUGAUCUAGGCAAAAGUGAUCGCGACCGUCAGAACACACGCACCGCGUCUCGGUGAAUCGAAAGGGAGAUAGGAAGAAGCGAGAGGAAGGGGCUGGCGAGACGGAAGUGAUCGACAGUUUACGGAAGAUCGAUCCGCGCAGGAAUCAUUGUUCUCGCGGCGCGAUCGAGCGAGUGGUGUGCGUCGGAACCCGGAGCAAAGGCGACCGAGUUCGCAAAGGAAAUGUGCUGCUAGCAAACCGGCAAGGUGUCGCCCGAAUUCUUGAGCACGCUGAGGUGGAGGAUGGAGGAGCUGGAGACGUUGGAGAGCACGGAGUGCCCUGAGUGCCCCGGCCCACCCCCUGAGUUCCGGUUGCCGCCACCGCCCCGGCCGCCCUUCCUCACCGACGGCACCUUCUGCUCGGAGGAACCCCUCACCGAGAUCGAAGAUUGCGUCGCCAUUCCGAUGAUCGAUGCGUCGUACCACACGAACCCGUCGCUGCAGAGCACCGCCUUGAUCAUCACCUGCGCGGUCGUGCUGCUCCUAAUGGCGGCGAUCGUUUCCGUCGUCUUCUGGAAGCACAAAAGGAAAGUACAGAACCUGUUACCGUGCAAGAGCGCAGCCGGCGCCGCGGCGGCUGCGGCGGCGGCGGCCGCCGGCGGCCGUGGUCGGGUGCUGGCCGACGGACAAUCGCACACGGGCACCGGGAGCGCGGGCGGCGCGGUGCUUUACGAGGACCUGCCGGAAGCGGUGACGCACUCGCAGCUGCACAAUCAUCUGCCGAGCCAUCACCCUGGCCAGGCGCCGACGAUCGAGAUGCUGGACGUCAAGGAUACCGGUAGAGGCGUGUUCGUGUGCAGCAGUCCUGGUCCCGAUCCUUACACGUCUCAGGAUCUGUACAACCCUGUCUACGAGGAGCUCAGCAACGGGGACCAUCAGGAAACGGACGAGGAGAGCGAGCUGAACGCUCGGAACCGGCUACACCAUCAUCAUCGGCAUCAUCAUCGGCCGGCCUCGUCGUCGAAGCCGGCGAGCGAGGACGAGUUCGCCGAGGACGAGCUCUCGGUCGGCGAGCCGUCCGAGGCUAGGAUGCUCACCUCGAGCGGUCCCACCUGGGGCACGUGUCCGGCCGGUGGCAGGCCACCGCGGGAGAGACGCGGCAGAAGCCCCAGAAGCCUCGACAGACGCAGGAGAGACAAGAACCACGACAUGGGAGAGUUCCACGAGGGGAUGCUGCUGGACGCGUUACUUCAGCUCUAUCCUAGCGUCGCUGGCGUAGCUGGCACACGAACGAAUAGCAAUCAACGACAACAGUCCGUCCCAUCGGUGGCCCACAGGUUACCUUACUUCGUGCCCCCAAUGCCAGCCACGCAAGCCCUCAGGGUCGAGGAGAACCCGUACGAGAGCGUGCCGGUGCUGGGUCCUCUGCAUCACUACUCCAGCCAAAACAGAAGCAACAAGGACAGGUCCCGCAAGUCGAACGACAAGUACAAGUAUUCCGCGCAGUACAGCGCGGACUAUUACGGGCUCCAGAGCCAGGAGCCCGCGCCGGUCUACACGCAGGUCGGCGGCGAGUACUCGGACACCUAUUCGCAGCCCACCGAUCGUCUCUACAACGAGGACAAGUACACGCAACCGGUGUACUAUGGUCCCAGGGACGGCGAUCAAAUCACUUCCGGCAGGCUGUACCAAGGCCAGCCGGACAGCAGUUUCGGCAGCGACAGCGGGUACAGUCAUCACACCUCCGGGACCACCGGUACCACCGGCACCCGGAGCAGCAACUCGAGGACGAACCACAGGAAGGACAAGCAUCGGAACUCUCAUCAUUCUCAUCAUUCCGCGGACUACAUCGUGUCCUAAUGAUCGACCAUCACGACCGUCAUGACCUAGAUGAUCGCGUGAAACACGGUGUGUUCCUGGGAUAGAUCGAGUUCGGGCGAACGAGAGAAAAAGUGAGAGAACGAGAGGCUGAGAGAGAGAGAGAGAGAGAGAGAGAGAGAGCG